CCAAAUCCCAUGGCUGGCUGGAGCACGCGAGAGAGAGGAGAAGAUAUUUUCCGUCCAGAAGCAUGAAGUGCUCCGGCCUCCGGCAAUGGCGGCUGGCUUUUACACAAGCAGGGGUAGAAUCGUCUCCGUUUUUACCAUUUCCGGCACGCCACGUGUCAGCUCGGCGUGGCGCCCGGCGCCAUUGCCAGUUCGCCACGGCUAUAUAAGCUCCGGCCCGGCGCCCUCCUCCUUCCUUGCGAGGGCAGCUAAUUACGAGUAGCCUGGGAGUUCUCUGAUCGGCGGCAGAGAGAUGACGGUGACGCCGAAGAUCACGGUGGGGGAUGGGCGGCUGGUGGCGCACGGGCGGACGAUCUUGACCGGCGUGCCGGAGAACAUCGUGCUGACGCACGCCUCCGGGGCGGGGCUCGUCGACGGCGCCUUCGUCGGCGCCACCGCCGGCGAGGCCAAGAGCAUGCACGUCUUCACCUUCGGCACCCUCAGGGAGCUGCGAUUCAUGUGCUGCUUCCGGUUCAAGCUGUGGUGGAUGACGCAGCGCAUGGGCACCUCCGGCCGCGACGUCCCGCUGGAGACGCAGUUCAUGCUCCUGGAGAGCCGCCCGGGCACCGGCGGCGGCGGCGGCGACGACGAGGAAAGCGGCGAGACGGUGUACCUGGUGAUGCUGCCGCUGCUGGAGGGCCAGUUCCGCGCCGCGCUGCAGGGCAACGAGCGCGACGAGCUCGAGAUCACCCUCGAGAGCGGCGACAAGGCGGUGCAGACGGCGCAGGGGACGUACAUGGUGUACGUGCACGCCGGGACCAACCCCUUCGACACCAUCACUCAGGCUGUCAAGGUGGUGGAGAGGCACCUGCAGACGUUCCACCACAGGGAAAAGAAAAAGCUGCCGUCGUUCGUGGACUGGUUCGGCUGGUGCACUUGGGACGCCUUCUACACCGACGUCACAGCCGAGGGCGUCAAGCAGGGACUCCAGAGCUUGGCGGAAGGCGGCACGCCACCGCGGUUCCUGAUCAUCGACGACGGGUGGCAGCAGAUCGGCAGCGAGAACAAGGAGGAGUCCAACGCCGUCGUCCAGGAAGGCGCGCAGUUCGCCAGCAGGCUGACGGGGAUCAAGGAGAACGCCAAGUUCCAGAAGAAUAAGAACGACGGCACCAAGAACACCUCCGAGGAGCAGAGCCAGACCCCUGGGCUGAAGCUGCUGGUGGAGGAGGCGAAGCGCGAGCAUGGCGUCAAGUACGUGUACGUGUGGCACGCCAUGGCGGGUUACUGGGGCGGCGUGAAGCCGGCGGCGGAGGGGAUGGAGCACUACGAGAGCGCGCUGGCGUACCCCGUCCAGUCGCCGGGGGUCAUGGGCAACCAGCCGGACAUCGUCAUGGACUCGCUCUCUGUUCUGGGCCUGGGGCUCGUGCACCCGCGCAAGGUGCUCAGCUUCUACGACGAGCUCCACGCGUACCUGGCCUCCUGCGGCGUGGACGGCGUCAAGGUGGACGUGCAGAACAUCAUCGAGACCCUGGGCGCCGGCCAUGGCGGCCGGGUGUCGCUGACGCGGGCGUAUCACCGCGCCCUCGAGGCCUCGGUGGCGCGCAACUUCCCCGACAACGGGUGCAUCUCCUGCAUGUGCCACAACACCGACAUGCUCUACAGCGCGCGCCAGACCGCCGUCGUGCGCGCCUCCGACGACUUCUACCCGCGCGACCCGGCGUCGCACACCGUCCACGUCUCCUCCGUCGCCUACAACACCCUCUUCCUCGGCGAGUUCAUGCAGCCCGACUGGGACAUGUUCCAUAGCCUGCACCCGGCGGCGGAGUACCACGGCGCGGCGCGGGCGAUCGGCGGCUGCCCGAUCUACGUCAGCGACAAGCCGGGCAACCACAACUUCGAGCUGCUCAAGAAGCUCGUGCUCCCCGACGGCUCCGUGCUCCGCGCCCAGCUCCCCGGCCGCCCCACCCGCGACUGCCUCUUCGCCGACCCGGCGCGCGACGGCACCAGCCUGCUCAAGAUCUGGAACGUGAACAAGUGCACGGGUGUGGUGGGCGUGUUCAACUGCCAGGGCGCCGGUUGGUGCCGCGUCACCAAGAAGACCCGGGUCCACGACGCCGCGCCGGGUACGCUCACGGGGACCGUCCGCGCCGACGACGUGGACGCGAUCGCCGACCUCGCCGGCACGGGCUGGGGCGGCGAGGCCGUCGUGUACGCCUACCGGUCGGGGGAGCUCAUCAGGCUGCCCAAGGGCGCCACGCUGCCGGUGACUCUCAAGGUCCUCGAGUUCGAGCUGUUCCACGUCUCCCCCGUCAGGGCGGUGGCGGCGACGGGCGUCUCGUUCGCGCCCAUCGGGCUACUCGACAUGUUCAACUCCGGCGGGGCGGUGGAGGAGUGCGAAGCCCCCGCCGCGGACGAAGCCACGGCCGCCGCCGUGCGGCUCAGGGUCCGCGGCUGCGGCCGGUUCGGCGCCUACUGCUCGCGGAGGCCGGCGCGGUGCACGCUGGACGCGGCGGAGGUGGAGUUCACCUACGACGAUGACACGGGGCUCGUCACGCUCGACAUCCCCGUGGCGGAGCAGGAGCUUUACAGAUGGACUCUGGAGAUCCUGGUCUAGGAGGCUAUUCUUCCCUUCCCUGUCGAUGAACCGUUACUACACGUGUGGUUGGUGUGUGCUUGCAUUGUGUGCGACAUGGAGAGGCGUGUCGUGUGCAUGAAAUGGAGGCAUCCGCCAUUGAUGCGCCCUCUCCCUAGAAGAAUAAGCUAGAGCCCUCUGUAGUGUUGCAUAUGCAAUAAACGAGCACUCAUGUAUGCAAUGCGA